AUGUCCAUUUUCGACCCAUUAGGACUUAUUGCUAAUUUGACAGUGCGAGGAAGGAUCCUCAUUCAAGAUAUAUGGAAAUCCGGAAUUGGUUGGGAUGAUUCAGUCGAACAUGAGCAAUAUAAGACAUGGAAAUUAUGGCUUUUGGAUCUUCAAAAAAUUACAAAUAUUUCUAUACCUAGGUGCUAUUCAACGAGUAUUUCUAAGGCUGAAAGAGUAGAGUUACAUAUAUUCUGUGAUGCGAGCAAAAGGGCGUACGCUUCUGUAGCUUACCUACGAAUGAUCGCCCAGACAUCAAUCGAUGUAUCUUUAAUUUUUGCUAGAGCUAGGGUGGCACCGAACAAACCGAUUUCAAUUCCGAGACUCGAACUUCAAGCCGCUUUAAUGGGAGCAAGACUCAAGAAAAUGCUGAUCAAAACGUUAGAAAUCAAAAUUGACAAAACGUACCUAUGGACUGAUUCAACAACAGUACUUCACUGGAUCAAAAACGAUGGGAGUAAACUGGGGCAAUUUGAAUCUCAUCGCGUAGGUGAAAUUCAAGAGUCAACAGACAGUUUUGAUUGGCAUUGGGUUCCAUCCAAGUCAAAUGCUGCCGACAAUGCCACAAGAACCUAUUUUGAUGAUGGAAAUAAUUUGGAUUUCAAUCGUUGGCAUAAUGGACCAGAAUUUCUACAACUCCACGAUGAAAUGACAUGGCCCAUCAAGAAAACUGACUGUGGGGGAAUUUUGAAAAAUUCUGAAGAUGAAGGAGAUAUUCAACCGAUAGAAUUUUUGGCCACUAUUCUAGAAAAUGAUUCCUGUUUACCGGAUAUAAACCGUUUUUCCAAAUGGAUGAGGUUGAUAAGAGCCACGGCCUGGGUGCUGGUAGUCGCUAAAUUGUUGAUUUCAAAACUUCGUUCCAAAAAUAGUCAAAUUAUACCAGAAAUUACCACUUCAGACCUUGAAGAAGCUGAAAUCAGAUUAAUCAAGCAAUGUCAACUGGAAAGUUUUCCAGAAGAAAUCUCUUUCCUAAAGAAAAGCAUGUGCUUGAAGAAUCAGAGUAGACUAAAACAACUUUCACCGGUCAUGGAUAAAAAUGGAGUCUUGGUAGUGAGUGGACGGUCUGACUCGGCUACACAAAUGCAAAUGACAACCAGAAGACCCAUAAUAUUGCCAUCUAAACAUAGGUUGACUAAAUUACUACCGCAUCAUUACCAUGAACAAUGUGCUCAUCAAGGUAUCGAAACUGUAUUGAAUACUGCUAGACAAAAAUUUUGGAUUAUUGAUGGUAGAUCAGCCGUGAAGACCACAUUUGCAGAAUGUAAAAAAUGCCGAAUUUUAAAAGCUAAACCUGCAAUUCCACAAAUGGGCCAACUUCCGACAUUCAGAUUGACUCCACCAGCUCAUGCAUUCACAUACACAGGAAUUGAUUAUUUCGGACCCCUGUAUGUAACAGUUGGACGUCGACGCGAGAAAAGAUGGGGAGUUAUUUUCACCUGUUUAUCGAUAAGAGCUGUACAUCUUGAAGUAGCACACUCGUUAUCAACGGAGUCAACGCUAAUGGCAGUGAAACGAAUGAUAGCAAGAAGAGGACAAUCUCUGCAAAUUUAUUCCGAUAAUGGAACUAAUCUUAGAGGAUCCUCUGAGGAACUGAAGAAAGCUGUAAAAGAAAUGGAUAAGGAGAAUUUGAAACGAGAAAUGUUAGUGAGAAAUAUUGAAUGGAAAUUCAUUCCACCUGCUUCUCCCCAUAUGGGCGGUGCAUGGGAGAGACUAGUGCGUUCAGUGAAAACUACAUUUCAUGUUAUUCUAAAUAAUCAGAUAUUGAAGGACGAGCUACUCCUUACCUUAUUUUCAGAAUGCGAAAAAAUUGUGAACUCUAGACCAAUCACGAAAGUAUCUGUUGAUCCUGAUGACUUGGAGGCCUUAACACCAAACCAUUUUCUUUUGGAUGCUACAAAUUAUUCGACAGCUUUCGAAUCUGAAAAUGGAAAUUUAAGGGGACAAUGGAGACGAGCUCAAGAAUUAAGAAACUCGUUCUGGAAAAGAUGGACGAGGGAAUAUCUACCGACUUUGACCAAAAGAACGAAGUGGAGGAACGAUGGCAGACCUAUGAAGCUACAUGAUGUAGUUAUAGUUAUAGAUGAUACCGCUCCUAGAAAAUCCUGGAAACUCGGAUUAAUUGAAAAGAUUUUUCCGGGCCCCGAUGGAAAAAUUAGAGUCGUUCAAGUGAAAACAGCGAAUGGUUCUUAUAAACGACCUGUUGCCAAGUUAUGUAGAUUGGAUAUCGAAGAUAGUGGACAAAGAUGA